AUGUCGCGGACAAAGGAGGAUAGACCUCCGCGUGAGGAGGAGGAAGAGGAGGAGGAGGAGGAAGAAGAAGAAGAAGAAGAAGAGGACGAAGAAGAAGAGUGGACUGAGCUCAACGACCUUGACGAGCUGCAAGAUGGACCCAGCACAUUUUACGUGGGUGGGUUCAGUACCCUGGAAAAACUACAGGAUGCCCUAAGUAUAGUGGCAUACCGCGAUGACAUUGUCCUUGUCUAUCCUGGAAUGUAUGAGGAAGAAGAGGUGUGCGUGGAUGAAUCACGACUAGACGGCUUGCGUGUGAUGAGUGUGCCGGUGGCGAUGGGUCCAAAGGGGGGGUAUCCAAAGAAAAUACGCAUUCCCAAGGAUGAACGCCGUCUUGGCCCCUGGUAUGCGCCAUUUGGAACUAACACACUAUCGACAGACAGUGUCACUCCCACUGUGGCAGAUUCCUCACAUUUCCCCGUGUUUACAGGGAAAUUGACACUGCGCAACAGUGCGCCAUUUGCCCCUCGCAGUGAGCGCAAGGCAGUGCGGCCUAUCCGGCACUAUGAUCCACGCGAAGACCAAGAAUUUGACGACGAAGAGGCUCAGGAAAAGGAAGCUGAGGAAGACGAAGAAGCGGCACCAAUGGGGGAAGUCAAGCUUUCGCGCCUAGAGAUGCAAGGUUUGUGUUUCCUUGCUGGAGCCGUUUUUGAGUCGCUUAGUCGAGCCACUGUACGUCACUGUGUGCUGGGUCGAUUUGAUGUGGAGGCCAAAUUGACAACAACGAACGGCAGCGAUCCUCAGCCGGUUUCGUCCCCGUCGUUGGAAACCACCGUGACUGCACACCCCUUGACAGAAGUAACGGUUGAGUUUUGCGUGAUCUACGGAAGCCAAAAACACGGGGUCUACGCCUUCCCCCGGUGUGCGCUGCGCAUCCACAGCUGCAUUAUCUGCGGGCCGCAGCUUCGCGUUGUCCACAAGACGCAGGAUUUUUGGUCCCGUGUUGUGCGUCACGCACAACAAAAGCCGCAUGUGCGCUCUGUCCCGCGCUCAAAGAGCUUGUUGGCGGAGAUACAGAAACCAGAAAAGACCCUCUGUGCCGUGGGCGUGUACCUGGACGACGCAGACGUAUCUCUUCACGAUGUCUUUGUGGGGCAAAGCGACGUGGGCAUUUUGCUUAUGAACGGCUGCCGUGGCACCUCCGUCUUUGCCUCUCGCGUGGAAAGCAUCAGUACGGUCGGAAUUUUGUUUGCCGGUGAGGAUGGUGCGGCAAAGAUUAAGUGUUCUGUGGUGAGAAAAUGCGGUCGGGAGAGUCUCCUAGUGAAGGGCCCCGUGCCCUUGCUGCCACCGGAUCCCUCACUUUUGAAAGCCAUCGCGGCGGUGGCUCCAGACGACGGAGCGGAGGAGGAGGAAGAGGAGGAGGAGGAGGAAGAAGAAGAUGAGGAGGGCGGUGCCGCGAACGCCAUCCCUCGGGUGCCUGUACCCACACAACACCCCAUUUUGCGCGGAAAUGCCUUUGAGGGCAGAGUCCGUCUGGAGGGCGACAUCAGCUGUGCGGCAAUGUGUGACAAUGUCAUUUAUGUCUCAAAGGACGAAAGUUCGUCCGAGACUCCAGCGUUUCUGGGACCGGCCACGGAGAAGCGCUUUGCACUGAAGGGGUUUCUCACCCACGUUCGCGGCACCACGCCGCGGGGGAACAACAACGAUUAG